AUGAGCGGAAAGGAAGUUGAAGGUGUUGUGAGUCCUGCGGACCAGCAGCAGCCAGCCGUCCCGGAGGUAACAGAUAUCACGCUGGAGGCCGCCCGCAAGCAGAAAAUUCACAACCUGAAGUUGAAGACCGCCUGCCUUUCGAAUGAGGAAUAUGUCCAGGACCUGCACGUAUCCGAGUGGAGUGAGACGCAGAAGCAGAAGCUGCAGGCUGCACACGAGAAAGCGCAUGAAUUGCUUGCCUCAGUGGAGGGUGGGACGAAGUGGAGCCUGACAGAGGCGUAUGACAUCAAGAAGCUGAUGCGCGUCUGUGGUCUUGAGAUGUCUGUGCGUGAACUGUACAAGCCGGAGGACAAGCCACAGUUCAUGGAGAUUGUUGCACUCAAGAAGACAAUGAACGAACUGAAGCAACAUCACAACAAGACUCGCACGGUGUCUUUCACCGGCAUGAUCGACAAUGCCAUCGCCAAACUGGAGAAAAUCGAAGACGAACUGCGCCGGUCCCAGCUCGACGCUUCUGAGAUGGCGCAAGUUCCUGUGGCUGCACUGAAGAAUAUUGAGGACACGAUGAACGUGGCUGUUGUGCAGACGGCUCUUCUUGGGAACGAGGAGCAGAUCAAAGCCCAACUUGCAGCCGUUGAGAAGGCGAACGAAAUCCGUAAUGUUGCCAUUGCCGAUGGUGAGAUGGCGAUUGCUGAGGAACAGUAUUACAUUAAGGCGCAGCUGUUGGAGCACCUUGUGGAGCUUGUGGCCGACAAGUUUCGCAUCAUUGGGCAAACUGAGGAUGAGAAUAAGAGCUUCAGUAAGAUCCACGAGGUACAGAAGAAGUCAUUUCAGGAAUCUGCCUCAAUCAAGGACGCGAAGCGCCGCCUUAAGCAACACUGCGAGGACGACCUACGUAACCUUCACGAUGCCAUCCAGAAAGCUGACUUGGAGGACGCCGAAGCCAUGAAACGGUUCGCCACGCAGAAGGAGAAGUCGGAGCGGUUCAUCCACGAGAACCUCGACAAACAGGACGAGGCAUGGCGUCGCAUUCAGGAACUGGAGCGCGUGUUGCAGCGCCUUGGGACGGAGCGUUUUGAAGAGGUGAAGCGCCGUAUUGAGGAGAACGACCGCGAGGAGAAGCGUAAGGUGGAGUACCAACAGUUCCUCGAUGUAUGUGGCCAGCAUAAAAAGCUGCUGGAACUGUCUGUGUACAACUGCGACCUUGCGCUUCGCUGCAUGGGUAUGCUGGAGGAGAUCGUAGCCGAGGGCUGCAGUGCCGUCAAGUCACGCCAUGACAAGACGAACGAUGAGUUGUCUGACCUUCGGCUGCAGGUGCACCAGGAGUACCUGGAGGCAUUCCGUCGCCUGUACAAAACUCUUGGCCAGCUUGUGUACAAGAAAGAAAAGCGCCUGGAGGAGAUUGAUCGCAACAUCCGCACCACACACAUUCAACUGGAGUUUGCCAUUGAGACCUUUGACCCCAACGCGAAACUACACUCCGACAAGAAGAAAGACCUAUACAAACUUCGUGCGCAGGUGGAGGAAGAGUUGGAGAUGCUGAAGGACAAGAUGGCGCAGGCGUUGGAGAUGUUUGGACCUACUGAGGAUGCGCUGAACCAGGCUGGUAUCGAUUUUGUUCACCCUGCUGAGGAGGUUGAGUCCGGCAACAUGGAUCGCCGCAGCAAGAUGGUGGAGUACCGUGCACACCUGGCGAAGCAGGAGGAGGUGAAGAUUGCCGCGGAGCGCGAGGAGCUGAAACGAUCUAAGAUGCUCCAGAGCCAGCAGUACCGCGGCCGCACGAUGCCGCAGAUCACUCAGUAG